GUUCCAUCCGCGAUGCGCGCGUCUGUUUCGCCACUUCUUGGUUAGGACACGCGGGGGUGUGGCGACGCGCUCCGUCCCGGUAAGGGGAGGAGAGAACGGGCGGCAGAGGCGGUACUUUCCCCGCGGUUGGUUUCGCGGUAUCGGAGAGUGUGCGGGACCAGGGCUGGAAACACCUGCCCGGGGAAGCAUCAAGCCAAGAAAGCAGUCCAGUCCAGCACGGAGCCUCGCCCGCCUGGCAGACCUGCUGAGCCGUGCGCUCUUCUUUCGGAGGGGAGCUGCACCACAUUCCUGUGAACUAUAACUGCUUUGAAUGGCAUGUGGCUUGUAACUUUACUUCUGCUGUAUUCUUUGCAAGAAGUCAACAGUGAGGAUGUUGUCUCUACGCGGCUGUACUUUGUGAACGCCUCCCUGCAGCGGGUGACCUUUUCCAGCUCCGUGGGGGUGUCCCUGCCCUGCCCUGCGGGCGGCGCCCCCCAUGCCGUCCUGCGUUGGUACCUGGCCGCCGGAGACGACAUUUACGACGUUCCCCACAUCCGCCACGUGCACGCCAACGGCACCCUCCAGCUCUACCCCUUCUCUCCGUCCGCCUAUAACAGCAUCAUCCACGACAACGAGUACUUCUGCACCGCUGAGAACCAGGCGGGAAAAAUCCGGAGCCCCAGCAUUCACAUCAAAUCAGUGUUCCGGGAGCCAUACACGGUCCGUGUGGCUGACCAGCGCUCCAUGCGAGGUAAUGUUGCUGUGUUCAAGUGCCUCAUCCCCUCUGCUGUCCAAGAGUACGUCAGCGUGGUGUCCUGGGAGAAAGACACAGUGUCCAUUGUCCCAGGUAACCGUUUCUUCUUGACCUCAUUUGGAGCUCUGUAUAUCUCAGCGGUGCAGAAGGAAGACGCUCUGUCCACCUAUCGCUGUAUCACAAAGCACAAGUACAGCGGUGAAACUCGGCAGAGCAAUGGAGCCAGGCUCUCUGUUAUGGACCCUACGGAGUCCACCCCGUCAGUGCUGGACAGUUUCCAGUCCGGUGAGGUGAAGGUUGGGCAAAGUGUGGAGCUGCCCUGCAUCGCAUCCGGCUACCCGAACCCCACAAUCAGAUGGUUAAAGGAUGGGCGGCCACUGCCGGCAGACUCUCGCUGGACACGCCGCAUCACGGGCCUCACGAUUUCAGACUUGAGGCUGGAAGACAGCGGUAACUACAUCUGUGAGGUCACCAACAGCUUCGGCUCUAAGGAGGUGACGGGUCACCUUAACAUCAUAGAGCCCCUACGGGUCACCUUGUCCCCCAAGAACCUCAAGACGGGCAUCAGCAGCACAGUCAUCCUGUCUUGCGCCGUCCAGGGUUCUCCUCACUAUACCGUGUCGUGGUACCGCAACACAGAACCCGUCCUGCCUGACCAGCACUUCUCCAUCCAAGGCGGUCACAACGAGACUUUGUUCAUUUCGGCAGCACAGAAAAGACACUCGGGAGCUUACCAGUGCUUUGCCACCCGCAAGGCACAGACUGCUCAAGACUUCUCCAUCAUACUUUUGGAAGAUGGUACCCCACGUAUUGUGGCCUCCUUCAGUGAGAAGGUGGUCGUCCCGGGUGAGCCGUUUUCGCUGAUGUGCACCGCCAAAGGAGCGCCCCCGCCGACCAUCACCUGGACCCUGGACGACGAGCCGGUGGCCCGCGACCUGUCCCGCUUGCGAGCCAGUCAGUACACGCACUCCGACGGGAGCACCGUGAGCUACGUCAACGUCAGCAACCCCCAGAUUCGCGACGGAGGAUUGUAUCGGUGCGCCGCACGAAACUCGGCCGGUAGCGCCGAGUACCAAGCGCGCAUAAACGUAAGAGGCAAUCCAAGGAUUCGACCGAUGAAGAACAUCACGGCUGUGGCAGGACGCAGCUCUUUUGUAAACUGCCGAGUGAUCGGCUACCCAUAUUACUCCAUCAACUGGUACAAGGAGGGGCUUCUGCUACCUGACAACCAUCGUCAGGUGGUGUUUGAAAACGGUACCCUGAAGCUUACUGAUGUCCAGAAGGGGAUGGAUGAGGGGGCGUACAUCUGUAGUGUGCUCAUACAACUGCAGCUGUUCAUCAAGCAGACUGUAUACGUCACAGUCAAAGUUCCUCCGUUGAUCCAGCCAUUUGACUUUCCGCCGACCUCCAUCGGCAAGCUGAUGUACAUCGCUUGCGUGGUGGCGUCCGGAGAUAUGCCCAUCCGCAUCACGUGGCGCAAGGACGGCCAGGAGAUCGUGCCUUCGUCGGGCAUCACCAUCGACACCAAGGAGUUCAUGAGCUCCCUGCAGAUCUCAAAGGUGUCACUGAAGCACAACGGCAACUACACCUGCAUCGCCAGCAACGAUGCCGCCACUGUGAGCACUGAAAGGCAGCUCACUGUCACAGUGCCUCCUCGCUUUGUGGUGCAGCCCAACAACCAAGACGGAAUCUACGGGAAAUCGGGUAUCCUAAACUGCUCAGUUGAUGGAUACCCACCUCCCAAGGUCAUGUGGAAGCACGGCAAAAGUGCACUAGCGGGUAUUGGGAACCCACAGCAGUACCACCCCGUGCCUCUGACGGGCCGAAUACAGAUCAUGAACAAUGGCUCGCUACUCAUCCGCCACGUCCUGGAGGAGGAUCGUGGCUUUUACCUGUGUCAGGCCUCCAACGGGGUGGGCUCCGACAUCAGCAAGAGCAUGGCGCUCACUGUUAAGAUCCCAGCCAUGAUCACAAGUCACCCCAACACCACUAUGGCCAAGAAAGGUCAUGUUAAGGAGCUGAACUGCACAGCCAGGGGAGAAUGGCCCAUCAUCAUUCGCUGGGAGAGAGGCGACACGGUCAUUGACCCUGACCGCAAUCCCCGCUACUCUAUUACCACCAGCCCCAACGAGAAGACAGACGAGGUGUUGUCUACUCUCAAGCUAAAACCAGCAGAGCGGGAGGACUCUGUCUUCUUCUCCUGUCAUGCCAUCAACUCGUACGGCGAAGGACGAGGCCUCAUUCAGCUCACCGUGCAAGAGCCCCCAGACCCUCCAGAGCUGGAGGUGCGGGAAGUGAAAGACCGCAGUAUGAACCUGCGAUGGACGCAGAGGUUCGACGGGAACAGCGUCAUCGCCUCCUAUGACAUUGAAUAUAAGAACAAGACGGAUACCUGGGAGCUGAAGCAUGCCACCCGAAACAUUUCCCCCACUAACAAUCAGGCCAACAUUGUGGACCUUCACCCGGCCUCCGUCUACAGCAUCCGCAUGUAUUCCUACAACGCCAUUGGCAAGAGCGAAGCCAGUAAGGAGCUUACCAUCAGCACCGAGGAAGCUCAGCCCGAUGGUCCCCCGAUGGACGUGAUCCUGCAGCCGGUGACCUCUCAGAGUAUCAGGGUUACUUGGAAGGCUCCCAGGAAGGAGCUGCAAAACGGAGUGAUCCGAGGUUACCAGAUCGGUUACAGAGAGAACGGCCCGGGCAGCAACGGCCAAUACAGCAUUGUGGAGAUGAAGGCCACCGGAGACAGUGAGGUGUACACGCUGGACAACCUCAAGAAGUUCGCCCAGUACGGCGUGGUGGUUCAGGCCUUCAACAGAGCUGGCACCGGGCCCUCCAGCUCUGAGAUCAAUGCGACUACACUCGAAGAUGUUCCAAGCCAACCUCCUCAGAAUGUGCGCGCCAUCUCUGUCACAUCGGAUGAGGCCGUCAUCUCUUGGGCCGAACCCCCCAGGAUGACCCUGCACGGCGUUCUGAAGGGCUACCGUGUCAUCUUUUGGGCCGUCUUCCCAGACGGAGAAUGGGGUGAAAUGCAGAACAUCACCACAACUAAGGAGCAGGUGGAGCUCAGGAGUCUGGAGAAGUUCACCAACUACAGCAUCCAGGUGCUGGCCUACACACAAGCUGGCGAUGGCGUGCGCAGCAAUGUCCUGUACAUCCAGACCCGUGAAGACUACCCCGGGCCCCCAGCUGGCAUCAAAGCUGUGCCCUCCUCCGCCAGCAGUGUUGUGGUAUCCUGGUUGCCCCCUCAUAAACCAAAUGGUAUCAUCCGAAAGUACACCAUCUACUGCUUGAGCCCCGGAUCAGGCCAACCGAUGCCCAGUGAGUAUGAAGCCAACCCGGAGCUCGUCUUCUACCGCAUAAACCACCUCAACCACAGGCAGCAAUACUUGAUCUGGGCUGCAGCCGUCACCACUGCAGGACGUGGAAACUUCAGCGACAAGGUCACCGUUGAGCCCGCCGCCAAGGCCCCUGCUAAGAUCCUAUCAUUUGGGGGUACGGUGACCACUCCAUGGAUGAAAGAGGUACGGCUGCCUUGCAACUCCGUAGGCGAACCAACACCAACCAUAAAAUGGACCAAAGACAGUGAGAACACAGCCAUCCCGGUGUCUCUGGAUGGACAACGUCUGAUCAUGGCUAAUGGCACACUGGUGCUGCGCACUGUCAAAGCUGAAGAUUCUGGCUACUACACUUGCACGGCCACCAACACGCUGGGCUUUGACACCAUCAUCGUCAAUCUUUUAGUGCAAGUUCCCCCAGAUCAGCCUCGGCUCACUGUGUCCACUACCUCCACUUCCUCCAUCACUCUGGCCUGGAUACCAGGAGAUAACGGUGGAAGCUCUAUUCGAGGUUUUGUGCUGCAGUACUCUGUGGACAACACAGAGGAGUGGAAAGAUGUGUUCAUCAGCUCCACCGAGCGCUCCUUUAAAUUGGACAACCUACGCUGCGGCACCUGGUACAAAGUCAAGCUGGCGGCGAAGAACAGCGUUGGAGCGGGACGCAUCAGCGAAAUCAUUGAGGCCAAGACCCAUGGCCGAGAACCCCAGUUCAACAAGGACCAACCCGUUUUCACUCACAUUAACUCCAGUCACGCCCGCCUCAAUCUGCAAGGCUGGGCCAGCGGGGGCUGUCCGAUUGGUGCUGUGACACUCGAAUUUCGUCCAAAAGGUACGUGGGCAUGGCAGAAUGUGCGCACCAAUGCCACCAAAGAAGUGUUCCUGGCUGAGCUGCGAGAGGCCACCUGGUACGAGCUGAAGAUGAAAGCCUGUAACAGUGCUGGCUGUGGCAACCAGAGCUCCCAGUUUGCAACACUGGAUUACGACGGCAGCACAAUUCCCCCCAUCAAGUCCCCCUUGGAAAAGAAUGACGACGUCAAGAAACUGUUUUCUAUCGGCUGUCCAGUGAUCCUGGUCACUCUUGGCGUGGCGCUCCUCUUCAUUGUCCGCAAGAAACGUAAAGAAAAGAGGCUGAAGCGACUGCGAGAUGCCAAAAGCCUGGCAGAGAUGCUGAUCAGUAAAAACAACCGAAGCUUUGACACCCCGGUGAAGGGGCCGCCUCAGGGCCCGCGCUUGCACAUCGACAUCCCGAGAGUGCAGCUGCUGAUCGAAGACAAAGAGGGCAUCAAGCAGAUCGGCGAGGACAAGGCCACCAUACCUGUGACCGACACGGAGUUCAAUCAGACUGGGAACCCGCAAAGCUUCUGCGCAGGUGUGUCCGUUCACCACCCUGCUCUCAUCCAGAACACUGGUCCUUUGAUUGACAUGUCAGACAUCAGACCAGGAACCAAUCCGGUUUCGAGGAAGAGCGUCAAAUCCGCCCACAGCAUCAGGAACCGCUACUCCAGUCAGUGGACUCUGACCAAGUGUCAGGCUUCCACGCCGGCCCGCGUUCUCGCCUCGGACUGGCGCACGGUCAGCUCGCAACACGGUAUCACCGUCACUGAGAGCGACAGCUACAGCGCCAGCCUCUCGCAGGACACAGAUAAGGGUCGUAACAGCAUGGUGUCGACGGAGAGCGCCUCGUCCACCUACGAGGAGUUGGCCAGGGCGUACGAGCACGCCAAGCUGGAGGAGCACCUUCAGCACGCCAAAUUCGAGAUCACCGAGUGCUUCAUCUCCGACAGCUCGUCCGACCAGAUGACCACAGGCACCAACGACAACGCCGACAGCAUGACGUCCAUGAGCACGCCAUCAGAGCCCGGCAUCUGCCGCUUCACCGCCUCGCCGCCCAAGCCCCAGGACUAUGAUCGCGGCAAGAAUGUAGCCGUGCCCAUCCCGCACCGCGCCAAGAGUGACUACUGCAACAUCCCCCUCUACAUGAAGUCAGACCCCUUCUUCCGAAAGCAGUCCGACCAUCAUGACCCAUGCCCAGUGGUCCCCCCGCGCGAAGCCUCCAUCCGCGGCCUGGCCCAGCGUACCUACCACACCCAGGGCCGUCAUAUGACUAUGGACUCGACAAAGCAGCAGGCCCUAACCAUGGGCCACUCUGGCCUGUCCAACCUGACGUCUUCCGGGGCGUCUGCCGGAGGAGCUUCUGGAGGUGGAGGCAUGUCCGCCAGCUCUAGCAGCUCCACCCUUCCCCAGAGGACUGUCACCAUGCCGGGCUCCUCGGCCACGGGGGCUCAGAGCGCCGCGGCGGCGGCGGCAGCUACCGCCGCCGCUGCCGCUGGCUCAUCAUCAUCCUCCGGUGGGGCUGUGGGGGCCACAGGAGGCACGCCUGGUGGCGCCUCCUCCUCCUCUUCCUCUAAGAUGGGAGGUUCCAGAGACUCUCUUUUGGAGAGCAGCUCGUCAGGCCUAGGCAGACUACAGAAGCAGAGGGAUGGGGGCGCCGGGGCCUACUCUAAGUCGUACACACUGGUGUAGCCUGACAUUGUGGCGGCUAACUAAAAAGAUUAGCGGUCAAAUGUGGGGUGAAGAAAACACCAAGCCCCGGCUCCUCACCCGUAGGUGCCUGUGCUAUGCCGGGCCGAAGGGGGCUGCUGGGGCUCCCAUGAACACUGCAGUAUGGAGGAGUUGGGCGGUCUCCACAGCACAGUGGGUUGCCUUUCUUUCGGCCUGUUUGUGUUUCUCCCGCAUCUCUUUAAGACACCACUUGUCAAAACGCGUAUCAUUUAUUUGUCGGCUUUGACCCCCGCUCAUUGACCCCCCCCCUCCCCCCAUCCAACGUAUGCACAAAAUCCUCUUCAUGGGCUGAAGGAGGUGGUUGCUUGAAUUUCAUGCCGGUUAUGUUUUAGGUGCAAAGGAACUCAUAUCACGGCAUUGCACCACAGCGGGAUGCUUUUACUGUUAUGCAUUAGCCACCCGAUUUGAUGGCGUUUGCGCCAUGAAAUGUCUUUUGCAUACAUGUAUCCUGGAACCUACAAGAAACCUGCCAGCGAGGGAAUACUCAUUCCCGGCGAUUACUAAUCCUUGAAAUAUAAUCUCACAUGUGCAGAUUCUCAAACCUACGCUGCGCGCGCGCGUGGGUGUAUAUGUGUAAAUAUAUACGUACAUGUGCACGUGUGGCAGGCACACAACAACGGCGGACCUUUUUAAAAGUCAAUCUGUAUGCUGAAGCGUCCAAACACUAAAACCCACAGUCCAUUUCGUAUUUAGGGAGCUGCAUUUUGAAUUUAUUUUUUAAUGAUGAUCUUGUUUGCAAUUGAAAGAAAGGCAAGGGUUAACAAGUAACGCGUAUGGUUCUUCAAGGAGCCACAAUCAUUCGUCCGUGCUGUGGUUAUUUUACAAGGAAUCCUUUCGUUCACAUCCCCUGACGUCAUAUCCCAUACAGGGUCACUGUGCUUAGCAAAUAUGUAGAGCAGACAGACAAUUGGGCUGUGUUCCCAAAUGGCUCCCUUUUUAAUCAGCUCACCAUUUUGUAGUGCUGUCAAAUACGUAGUGAGUAUAGAUUAUCCCGUUAACCGGUGUUUCCCGACCCCUCACUAAGCCAAGAUACAUAAAACCUCAAGAUACGGCAUCAAACAAAAUUAUGACAAAAACGAGUGCUCGAGUUUAUUACAAAGCCCAAUUCCAAAGAAGUUGGGAUGUUGUGUAAAACAGAAAGCAGAACAGAAUACAAUGCCCUAUAGUGAAUUGAAUACAUAACAAAGACAGAUAUUUCAUGUUAAAACUGAUCAACUUGAUUGUUUUGUUUUUCCGUAAUAUUUAUUUAUUUUACAUUUGACGCCUGCAACAUUUUCCAAAGUAGCAGGGACAGGGGAUCUUUACCACUGUGGCGUCACUUUUCCUUUUAACAACACCCAAUAAGUCAGUGGGAACUGAGAAUGCACAAUAUUGAGGCUUUGUCGGUGGAAUUCUUUCCAAUUCUUGCUUGAUGUGCAACUUCAGUUGCCCAACUGUCCACGGUCUCUUUUGUUGUGUUUUACGCUUCAUAUUGUAACACCCAUUUCCAAUGGGAGACAGGUCUUGACUGCCGGCAGGCCAGUCGAGUGCUAACACUCAUUGACUAUGAAGCCGCACUGUUUCUAACACGUGCGGAAUGUGGUUUGGCAUCGUCUUUUCUGAAGUAAGCGCUGACAUCCCUGAAUAAGAUGUUGCUUGGAUGUCAGCAUAAUAUUGCUCCAAAACCUCAAUGUGUACCUUUCAGCAUUAGUGGUAUUUUUACAAGUAUGCAAGUUACCCAUGCCAUGGGCACUAACACACCACUACACUAUCACAGAUCCUCCGUGGCUUUUGAACAUUGUGCUGAUGUAAAUUUCGAUGGUCCUUUUCCUCUUUGAUCUGGAGGACACAACCAUAAUUUCGAAAAAAAAAAAAUUUGGUGCGGACUCAACAGACCACAACCAGCUUUUCCAAAUGGGUGUUUUUUUUAAUUAUUUUUUUUUUAGCAUUCCUCAACUUUACCACUCUUUUGCUCCUGCCCCAGCAUUUUUUCAUGUGUUACAUGCACCAAAUCCAAAAUAAGAUAAUCCCCCCCCCCAAAAAAAAAGAAAAACAAUCAUGUUCAUUAGUUUACAAUAAAUAUCUGGUCUUUGUAGUUAGUGUGUUCAAUUGAAAGUUGAAAAGGAAGUCAUUGUAUUUCGUUUUUAUUUACAAUACAUUUUACUCACGUACCAACUUUCUUGGAAUUGUGGUUUGUCUGGAACAUUUUUCAUUUAAAGAAUGAAUGUAUUUGAUUACCCCAACUAUAAAAUGUAACGCUAAUAAUAAUAAUACAAUUGGCUAUAGAUAGCAUGAACUAUGAGCGAAUCUCUACUUUUGGCUAUGGCCUGAAAUAAUAAAAGCUCGUCACGACACCUCAACAUACUUUCUUGGCACCAAGAUGCCACAAGAUGGCGCCAAAGCAAUACUUCCUGUAUUUAUGAUAAAAGUUUUGGUUUGAGGAUAGGUUUCCCUUCUAAAUGAGAGAAUAUGGGGAGGAACAUUGUAUAGCGAUGGGGAAGCGGCGCAUGACCGAAUGAUUCUGAACACAGCCUUGGAAUGCUGAGUUAGCGAACACAAAAGAGACGACGCCUCCGUGUAUUAGUUUAGCUUUAUGCAUGGUGCUGUACCUCUUUAUCUGACUGACUUUUGAGUUCAUCGCAAUUUAUUCCCCCCAAAGCAUCAUCCCAUAAUAAAGAAUCAGUUAGGAUUAAAAUAAAAUAAAACAUUUUAAAAUGGAGUUGCUCCAAAUGUUUUGCAAUGAUCAAACGUAACCAAGAUCAGGACUCUCGCAAUAGAAAAAGAUGUAUAUGUUUGUUUUUAAAAAUAUAUAUAUAUAUCGAUAUAUAUAUGUACAUAUAUAUAUUUCUAUUCAAAUAUAUAGCAAAUAUAUGACUAUUGAGAAAAAAAUAGCUAUUAAAGCCCCACAAAUUGAAAAUAUAUUAGAAAAGAUCACAUGACAAUCGCUCCGAAAGAGAAAAGAAAGAAAUGACAAAGAUGCGAGUGACUUUAACGGGUAGCACAAGUGUCCCAGCCUCGAGGGGAAAAAAAUGGAAGGAUGUUGAGGCGCUGCCUUCUGUCUCUCCCCCUUUGCGAUUCAGGCUGCACGUGGACGCGGCUUUGGAAGACAAAGCACAGUUCGGUCGUGGUGUGAGAUUGUGUUGCGAGGUAGAAAACAAACCGUGUGUGGUGAGCUCAGUGUUGAGAAAGAAUGAAAAUGUGUGAAAACAAGAGCAGAGCAUACGCUGGAUGGAAAAUGUCUACACAUUUGUUCAAAUGCCAAGUUUUUUGUGACACCCCC